CAUCUUUCAAUUUAUCACUUCUUGUUUUCCUCCAUAGGACUUAUCAGAAUUUGAAAUGACAUAUACUGUUUUUAUUACUGGAGCUACUGGCUAUAUUGGAGGUGAAGUCUUGUACCAAUUGCUUAACAAUGCUGAUGGUUUAAAUUUUGAAGUUACCGCUUUAGUUCGUACCGAAAGCAAGGCAGCCAACUUGAUUGCCAAAACAGGAAGUAGAGUAAAAGCAGUACUCGGAGACUUAGACGACACCGAAUUGAUUAAAAAAUAUACUGAGGCGAGUGAUAUAAUUAUCAAUACUGCUAAUGUUGAUCAUGUUCCAAGUGCGGAAGCACUUUCAGAAGUAUUGGUUGCUUCCCUCAAGCCAAAGAUUUUAAUUCAUACAUCAGGGACUUCUGUGCUUGGAGAUGGAAUUAAAGCUAAAAAGCCUCCUGCCACCAAAAUUUAUUCGGAUAGUAACAACAUUGGAGAACUUAAUUCGCUUCCUUUGGCUCAACCCCACAGGCCUGUUGAUGCAAUUGUUCUUGAUAUUCAUGACAAAAAUCCAAAAAUUGAAACUAUAGUGAUUGCACCUUCUACUAUUUAUGGUAUUUCGAAUGGAUAUGAUAAUCUUUAUUCGAUUCAAAUUCCAUUUUUAAUUCUGGCUUCUUUAAAAAAUAAGCAGGCUUUCACUGUAUAUGAUGGAAACUAUAUUUGGAGUAGAGUCCAUAUUAAGGAUUUGGGUGAUUUAUACUACUUGGUUUUACAUAAGUUAAUCAAGAAAGAAUCACUUCCAGUUAAUCGAGAAGGUUAUUACUUUGGAUCCUUGACGAUACAAGAUGCUCCAAAUUCAGCUGCUCCAACAGAGAUUGAACAUACUUGGAAAGAGAUUUCUCAAACCAUCGGUAAGAAAUUAUAUGAGAGGAAAUUAGUCAACUCAGCUGAGAUAGUUGAAUUACAACCCCAAGCUAUUAUUGAACUCACUGGUGAUGACUUCGCUCCAGCAUAUUGGGGCACAAAUUCGAGAAGUAGAGGUGAUAAUGGAAAAUUGAUUGGCUGGAAGCCAAAGUAUACAUCAAAGCAAGAAUUUUUGGAUUCAAUUGAUGAUGAUAUCGAUCACAUUAUUAAAAACUUAAAGUUUUAA